CAGAAGACAGCAUCUGUCAAAGCCCACAUUUAAACUGCUGCCUGCCUGUGCAGCAGCUCGAGAACUACGGAAUGGAUUUUAUACACCACGAUUCCGGGUUAAAACAACUCCAAACCAUUUCUAUUACUGCCUAGCAACAAUGAAGGAAGGAGCAGAGGGAGAUCCUGUUACCGAAGCCAAGUGAGGCGCUCCCCGCGAACAUUUCCAGCAGGAAUAUGGAUCCUGGGGAGAGCAGAGCACAGCCCCGCAUUGUCCGAGCCGCGAGGCAGCGGCUGUGAGAGCAGCCCCGGCUCCCGUCCUUUGUCUGCAGCAUGAGCAGCGAGCCCCGAGCCAAGGACGCCGCCGGCCAGCCGGGAAGGUAACACGGCCACGGACGGACAGAUGGACAGAGCGGAUCCCGAGCGCGGCGGGCGCAGGAAGCAGGGCUGCUGCUGCUGCUGGGGGAUGUGCGCAUGGUCGAGAGCAUCUUUUUUGCUGAAGUGAUGGCGUGCCCAAACUAUUUUCUGUGGGUAUAAUCCUGCACCAUAAAUGGCCUGACCAAGGAAGAGCGAGCCAUUUGCAGACGAUUGCUCAACUCAAAGGAAAAUGAAUACCAAAGAAUAGCAGUGGAUUCUAAACCAAUUGGAAAAGCCUUUUCCUUGAGCAUUGUCUCACAUCCCAUCACUGGAUCCUUACAACAUGCUGCAGUGGAGAAGACGGCACUGCUGCUUGGCAAAGAUGACCUGGAAUACCAAAAGGUCUCUGUUUCGCACCCAUCUCAUCGGCCUGGUCUCUCUGGUGUUUCUUUUUGCCAUGUUUCUGUUCUUUAACCACCACGACUGGCUGCCAGGCAAGGCUGGAUUCAGAGAAAACCCCAUGUCUUACACCAUCCGAGGAUUCAGAUCUACAAAAAGCGAGACCAACCACAGCUCUCUAAGGAACGUGUGGAGAGAUGCUGUGCCUCAGACACUGCGGCCUCCGACAGUCACCAACCCCAACAACACGGAUCUGUCCCCACAGGGAGUCACCGGUUUGGAAAACACCCUCAGUGCCAAUGGGAGUAUUUACAACGAGAAAGGCACUGGGCACCCAACUUCCUAUCAUUUCAGAUACGUCAUCAACGAGCCGGACAAGUGCCAGGAAAAAACCCCUUUUCUAAUACUGCUCAUAGCUGCAGAGCCAGGCCAGGUGGAGGCCAGACAAGCAAUUCGACAGACCUGGGGCAAUGAAAGCCUGACACCUGGCAUCCACAUUGUGCGGAUUUUUUUGUUGGGCUUAAGCACCAAGGUAGAUGGAUACCUCCAGAGAACCAUCCUUGAGGAAAGCAGACAGUACCACGACAUCAUUCAACAAGAAUACUUUGACACCUACUAUAAUUUAACUAUAAAAACUCUGAUGGGAAUGAACUGGGUUGCAACCUACUGUCCACAUGUUCCGUAUGUUAUGAAAACUGAUAGUGAUAUGUUUGUCAAUACUGAGUAUUUAAUACACAAGCUUCUGAAACCAGAACUUCCUCCGAGGCACAAGUAUUUUACAGGUUAUUUAAUGAGAGGUUAUGCACCUAAUAGGAACAAGGAUAGCAAGUGGUAUAUGCCACCUGAUUUGUAUCCAAGUGAACGUUACCCUGUAUUUUGCUCUGGAACUGGUUAUGUUUUUUCUGGAGACUUAGCAGAAAAGAUCUUUAAGGUCUCCUUAAGCAUCAGACGUUUACACUUAGAGGACGUGUACGUGGGGAUCUGUCUCGCCAAGCUGCGGAUUGACCCCAUGCCCCCACCCAACGAGUUUGUCUUCAAUCACUGGCGAGUUUCUUACUCCAGCUGUAAAUACAGCCACCUAAUUACCUCCCAUCAGUUCCAACCCAGCGAGCUGAUCAAAUACUGGAACCACCUGCAGCAGAACAAGCACAACGCCUGCGCCAACGCGGCCAAAGACAAGGCCGGCAGGUUCCGCCACCGCAGGCUGCACUGAGGGCCCACGGCACGUGUACAGAAACAGGGACACCCAGCAGCCCCAGUUCUGAGCCCAGCACACAGGGCAGGAGGGAAAUUAUUUUUUUAAGUUAAAAAAAAAAAUUAUAGCUCUUGAGUAUGAUGAAAUUAUAACCAAACGGUUUUCCCAGCGAAUUCGAGAUUAAUAAAAAAGACAAGAUGGUAUAUAAGGAUUUCUGUGUUAACAUGCAAUAAUAAGCAUGCACACUUUGGUGGUACAAUUGCUGAUUCAUGUGCCAGUAAAAUGUAAUUGAGCAUAUUUUCCACACUAAAAUUUUUAUUUUAAGGAGUGCAUUCAUAGCUCUAGUUCUCUUCCCUGUAAUUUCUUAUUAUCCAGAACUGCUAUGAAAUGGAAAAUCAAAAACUAAGGAAAUGCACAAAAGGCAGAUCAGUUUUACCUUCAAAUGCCACAUGACAAUUAUUAUACUACUUUAAUGUAUCACACAUUUAGCAAUGUCACGAUUUAGUAAGACACUACCAAUAAAUCCUAAAGCACUAAGAGUGUACUCCCUUGAAGUAGGUCCAGUUUUCAGAAGUUUGCUUAUUUGGUUUGGAAGGAGAGAUAAAUGAAAUCAAAGUUGCAAAGCUGCUGUGUACAUUGGCGUCAGAAAUGCAAGUGGUGAUCUGGAUGCAACUUUCAGUCCACAAAGAACUGACUGAAAGUUACUCCAUUCUCUAGAAAUCACAGGGCAAGCUCCUAAGAUCUGGUGCCAAGUAACAUUCAUUCCACUUGGAACCUUCAUGCAAAUUCAUUGCAUCUGCUAUUAAUUUCCCUACGUAACUUCAAGGUAACUCAGAGGCUGAUGAGAAAUGUAAAACGUAAGUUCCAGUCUUGCACCAUUCUUGACAAAAUUGCAUUUUUUGCAAAGCAGGAGAAAAUUAAUCAAACAUGUUGUUUUGCUCUUUCCUGUCUGACAAAAAGCAAGGCUCAGCCAAGUGAAAGCACAUCUGCUGGAGAAAAUUAAGCCCUACACCUGAGUUUAUAGGUGGGGAAAACUAGGUCACAAUAAGAUUGAGAGUUCCAGCCAACAAGAUGGGCAGGAACAAAGCCUAAGCAAUUUAAAGUCACAACACAUACCACUGAGAACAAUUUGAGAGAAGUGGGUUAAAUCUAUUUACAGGUUUGCAGUUUUCUAACAAACAGAACUUUUAAAGCUUAUUUUCCAACUGUUACAGCAGAGUUGUAUCAAAUUCAGGUUAUUACUGCUUGUCACAGUGCCAGGGUAAGCAAUACCCACCUCUGAUCAUCAGCAAAUGAUCAAACUGCAAUUAGUUUUCUGUUUGACUGGGACUUAUUAAUUGGAGAAAAUACAAAUAUUUGAUGUACUUUUAUUAUUUAAUAAAAUUGAUUAUAUUUAUGGUCUUAAGAA